CCACCGUAUGAUGUCGUGGCGUUUAUUACGGAGGCAAGUCGGCAUCAUAACUAUCAGGCUACGGUUUAGUUUCGCUUCCAACCAUAUUUAGCCUCCACCAUUUUCAUCCACACCUCAAAUUGAUUUCGGAAAUUAUUCAUUUCAGUGGGUCGAGAUGAGGCGCGCCGGACUGGGUGAAGGAAGCUCUGGACAGUAUGUAGCCAGCGGCUACAGUGUGCAUGAGGAGGAAAAUGAGCAUCUUCAGGAGGGUCUGAGGAACAAAGUCAAAGCCCUGGCGAGUCUGUCAAUUGAAAUCGGAAACGAAGUGAAGAACCAGAAUAAAAUGUUGGACGAAAUGGACUCGGACUUUGACUCAACGGGCGGGUUGCUCGGCGCCACCAUCGGUCGAGUCAAGCAGCUGUCCAGAGGCAGCCAGACCAAACUGCUGUGCUACAUGCUGCUCUUCUGCCUCUUUGUCUUCUUUGUUCUCUACUGGUUUAUCAAGUUGAGAUGAUAAGAGCUUCCGCUUGGACUUGGACCUUUGGUUCCACAUUGUUUAGUUCCUGUCUGAUGCAUUUCUAAACUAGACCGACCCAAUGGUGAUAAUGCAGAGGCGAGGAGUAAAAAUACACGAUUCGAUGAUAUGUGCUCAGUGUCUGAGCCGCGAAAGAACGCGAUUCUAACUGGAGAAAGUACAAACCGGUUCAUUUAUGUGAAAAAGACUUAAUGAUAAAUGAGCUGAAAUAUUUUGUACUCCUCAAGCCAUGCUAGUAUUCGUCUAUGACUCAGAACUGCCUACUCUACAGUGAGAUAUUAGGAUUUAACAGGUAAUGACACUGUUAUGAACAAAAAUGCAAUUAGGGGAAAGAUGAUUUCAUAGCAAACAGCACAUGUUAGAAGUAAUUUCUGAUUGUAAAGAACACCUCGAAGACGCAAUUUGAAAGAGUUUAUGUUAAAGAAUCAGGAGAUUUAUGAGAGCAAUAUCUUUGCUUCAGAAUACAUGUAAAAAUGUUACUGUAAAUAAACACAUUUUAUGUUCUGAA